UCGUGCCUUCGUGCCUUCGUGCCUUCGUGCCUUCGUGCCUUGCUUAUGGGUAAAUCUCCUGGUUUUACUUUUUCCCAGGAUCCUUGAACUCCAGUCCAGUCCAGUCCACUCCAGUGACACUCCACACCACAGCGGGGAUUCGAACCAUGACCGUCCACAUGACAGACACACACCCUCUGUGUGAGCUAUCUGUCACACAAGGUCCCUGGUGGAGUUUGUUGUAAUGAUGGUUGCAAGAGGUUGUCAUGCAGCCAAAGUGUAAAAAGAGCCUUGAGCUGGAUUCGAACCAAGGACCUCCUGGAUGAGAGGCAGAUAACUUACCACUGCACUAUCCUUCCUACUGGGUGUAGCUGUUAGUUUUCGUAAAUGAUGGUACACAAAAGUAUUAAGGAAGUGAAGAUAAUAAAGGUACUAAGGUACCGGGGAGGCAAAAAACUUACCUCUACACCACCUGUCCUACAAGAUGUUGCUCUAACUUUGCUUAAAUGAUGCUAUCAAUUAGUACUGGCGCAACCAAACGACAAAUAAAAGGUGUGAGUGGAGAUCUGAAUCAUGUGAGGUUUGUUUCUGAGACUGAAUACACCCAAUCUCAUCUGAUCUGCAAAGCUAAGCAGGGUUGGGCCUGGUUAGUAUUUGGAUGGGAGACUACCUGGGAAUACCAGGUGCUGUAAGCUUUUUACUUCUCCUCACAACCUGAACAACACACUGCUAGUGACGGCUAUCAACUAAAACCUCUUGGUUUCUUUAUUAUACACUCUAUGAGGUGGAUAAGCUGCAGCUCAUGCUGAUUUAUUGCUGCUUCUGGUUGGAGCCAAAGAACAAAGGCUUCACCUGUUGGAGCAGCUGAUGUCCUGCAGCCUCUUCACCACAGAAAGCCUCUGACAGCUUCAAUUCUUUACACUCUGACUGCAAGACACCAAUCACAUAGGAACAUUUACAUGUAUGGAACAAAGAGCUGAGCUGACACUCAACAUAUGUUUGAGCAUUUAUUGAUAAAGACAUUCAAACAUGUCUAGAGAUAGAACACCAACGCACGGUGUAAGAAAGGUCAGAACAGACUUCACCUGCUCAGGAAACUGAGGUCCUUCGGGGUGCAGGGAGCAAUUCUGAGGACCUUUUAUGGUUGUGUGGUGGUAUCAGCCAUCCUGUAUGGAGUGGUCUGCUGGAGCAGCAGCAUCACGGCUGCAGACAGGAAGAGACUAAAGAAACUGGUUAAGAAAGCAAGCUCUGUCCUGGGCUGGUGGUAGACAGGAGGAUGAUGACAAAGCUGUUGUCUAUCAUGGAGGACAUCUCCCACCCCCUGCAGGAAACAGGACCAUCACCGGCAGCUCCUUCAGGGACAGACUGCUUCACCCACGAUGUUUGAAGGAGGUCCUUCCUUCCUGCAGCAGUCAGACUAUGUUCAAUCAAGCCUGCUCCCAGUAGUUCAGAUCACCCAUGAAGUAACUGCAAUAAAAUGUAAAUAAGUCAAUAUGUGCAAUUUCACAGGUUUUUUUUUUUUUACAAGCAUUUCUAUUUCUUCUCUAAGGAGAAAGCAUCUAUUUAUAUCUGUGCACUGAGUGCUGCUUUUCUUUUUACUUUUUUUCCUAUCUGCUACUGCCACACUGAAAAUUUCCCCACUGCAGGAUCUACCUAUCCAUCCAUCUAUCUAUGGUCCAUCUACCUCCCUACCUAUCUAUCCAUCCAUCCAUCCAUCCAUCCAUCCAUCCAUCCAUCCAUCUAUCCAUCCAUCCAUCCAUCCAUCCAUCCAUCUCUCUCACAGGUGUGGGGGUUGAUUCACCUGUUCUCAAUCACCUUAAUCCACGAAGGCCCGGUUCUUCAUUCUUCCUCUCUCUGCCAGACCACAGACUUUGAAACCAGAACCUUUCUCCUACAAUUAUUCUGGUUUCCCCUUUUUGUUUUCACCUUGGUUUAGUUAUCCUUUCUGUGUUGGUUUUAGAUUCAUUCGUUAAAUAAACUCCUUGUAAUCUUUGACCUGUGUCUGCAGAUGUCCUGUGACACCAAUGAUCCCAUCUGAUAUUUAGCAUGUUUUCAAUUAUUGGUCCCAUUUCUUAAAAAAAACAAAACAAAAAAAAAAGCCCCCUGAAAUCUGAUCAGAUAAAUGAAUGUGAAACUACUUUGGGUCUGCUGCAGCUGCCUCCCUCUGAUCUUGUUCCUGCCCACAGCACAAUCUGAUCAGUGAAACACUGAAGGACAACUUCAGCAUGUAAAACAUAAAUAAGCAAAGGCUGCAACUCGUGAUUAUUUUAAUUUUAACUUAACUUUAUGUGCUGUUCAAAAACUUUAUUUUUUCUGCAAAUGUGUAGUGAUUCCAAAUCUUUGUUAUUGAUCUCCUUGAUUACAAAAAAAAUCUGUAUCGACCCGGAAAAAAAACAAACAUGUCAGGCACCCUAUGAUGUUAACUGUUUGCCUGAAUGUUUUUGUUUAAAAUCCUCAGUAAUAACCUUUGACUGGUUGCUCUUAACCCUGUAAAACUCACUGCUGCAAAAAUACAACAUCAGCUUAUUUUUUAAUUACUAUUUUCUAUUAUAUAUAUCUGAAAUAAACCCUAAUCUGUGGGUCUGACAGCAGCGUGAGGUCAAAGAAGCUGCCAUCAGCUGCUGCACUUCUGUCCGUCCAGCAGAUGGAGCCAUGGAGCUGCAGUGAAGUGAAGAGCAGCACAAGGCAACCACCACUUCCAUCCACUGACGCAUUCAAUUUGACUGACGCUAAUGUUUUAUUGACUUCCAACCACUAAACCAAUAUGAUCACUGAUGCACUGAGCUGAAGAAGUAAUGUUACAUUUCAAACAUAACUGGGGAAAUAACCGAAACUUCUUCCUUAGGAAAGGAGAAAGUAUAAGAGUAUAAAGGCAGUGCAAGAAUAAAUAAGAAAAAAACGGUGCAAAAAUUGCCCAUAGCAUUAUAUACAGAUGAUUUUAUUCUUAAAAAAAAAAACAACAAACAUGUAGAAGACUAUAUACAGAGGAUCAGGUUUCAGGUAUAGAUAGAUCGACAGAUGAAUCCUUACUGUGAAAAUAUUUAAAGACACUGAACAUUGUGCAAUAUAAGGUCAGUCAGCAGCCUCAGUUCAUGCACCAAGAAAACUUUUAUGCAUUUUUUAAAAAUAAAAAAUUACGUUUCUAAAUUUUCUCCAUUUACAAGGCAGGGAGAUAACCGAAACUUCUUCCUUAAUAGUUCCUGUUUAGUUUGUAUGCUGUGGUGUCAGGAUUACUACACGUGGAAAUGAAUAUCAAAUUAAAAUCAUUUCCAUAUCUUGACAAGUUGUUGCGAUCAAAAAGUAAACUAAAGCUGCAAGCAGCGUUGGACGGGUCCUCGCAUCCUUGCUGGUCGGCGAAUCCAGGCACGUCCACCAGGCGGCGCUGCGACCGAGAGUGCAUGUCAGCCUAUGGAUGCGACGAGGGCUGGACUCUGAUCACACGUGUAAAAUUUCAGGCAGAUUGGAGCAUGUUCAGGCUACUUGUAGAGCUUUUCCUGUCCAUCCACCAGGUGGCGCUGCGACCGAGAGUUUAUAUUGGCCUAUGGAUAUGGAUAUGAUCAGGGUCAGACUCUGAUCACACAUGUAAAAUUUCAGGCAGAUCGGACCAUGUCCAGGCUAGUUAUAGAGCAUUUCCCUCCAUCCACCAGGUGGCGCUGCGACCGAGAGUUUAUGUCGGCCUAUGGAUGUGAUCAGGACUGGACUCUGAUCACACCUGUAAAGUUUGAGGCAGAUUGGAGCAUGUUUAGGGCAGUUACACAGCAGUUGAUGUUUCAUGGCGAAGCAUCAAAAUUCACGAGGCCGCCAUGGCCACGCCCUCAGACUUAAGAUGAGCAUUUUGAUAACUUUUGAUCACCCAUGCCUGGAGUACAUCCUGGCCAAAUUUCAGCUCUCUCGGUGUUACCCUGUUUGAGUUUAUAGCUUUUGAAAAUGUCUAAAAAUGACCCAAAAUUGUCAAUACAUAUGACAUAUAAUUCAAAAUGGCCGACUUCCUGUUGGGUUUUGGCCAUGGGUGUCAAUUACAUUUUUGUGUGUCUUGAUGAGUUACAUAUGCCUACCAAGUUUCAUGAUUCUAGCUAAAACGUACUGGCCGUAGUAACUGUUUGAAAAUUUUCAGGUGGCGCUAUGGAGCCAUUUUGCCACACACAUGUGCAGUUUCCCCAAAAUAUCAAAUGGGUUGCCCGUCCAGAUAUGUGUGGCAAUUUUGGCGAGCAUUUGAGCAUUUUUAACCUGUCAAAAAGUACUUUGUUUAUUACGGCAACGAUGCGUUGCCACAGCAACAGUGUUUUAUGAAUCGUCAAAAUCUUCACACUGUGGCAUCGUCUAGGCAUAACCAGUCAGCUGACCAAUUUUCAAGAUGAUAUGACAAAGUUUCUGGCAAUGGUAGGUGCAAAUGUAAUGACAAUUACUUCCUGUUGCCAAUAGGUGGCGCUAUGAGUAUUUCUAAAUUUAUCAGUGUGGAUGUGUUCAGACCUGGACUGGUGUCCACCAUAUCAAGUUUGGUCCAGAUUGGACCCUGUCCAGCUGAGAUAUUAAUACUUCAAUUUUCAUGGCGAGAAAUCAAAAUUCGCCGCACCGCCACAGACACGCCCCUUGACGACGAGUCACCAUUUUCUCUGGGAAUCAUCAUCAAUGUGUUCUGGCUUAUGUCACCAAAUUUGAGGUGAAUCUGAUCAACAUGCUAAGAACUGACAUGAAUUAAAAUACUUUUUGGUCCUGGAAAUAACGCUAGGCUACUGCUGUAGGUAUAUUUGUUAGCUGGACAUGCAACAUUUACAUGAUGACAAUCAGACAGUUUAAUUCAUUCCACCUUUGCUCUAAGUUUUUGAUUUUAUACUCAACAGACCAUCCUUUAUGUCUUUUGAGGGAAAUUUCUGGAGUUAUUAAUGCAGUAAAACAUGUCAUAAAUCCUAAAAAUUAAGAUCACCACUCUGAAUUACACUACAAUUUCUAUUUAUUUUGGAUACCAUCCUUCCAUAAACCAACAGAUGCACAGUGGAUUUGUUAAAGCUCCCUUACCGAUUGUUUACAUCCAGCAAACAUGGAGGAACACCGAUAUUCAUUUGUAGUUGUGUUGAUGGUUGCCUGGCAACUACAAGUCUGCUGUUCACUGUGGUUUUUUUUUUUUUUGGUUUGCUCUCCAUCGACGCUAAAGGGAAUUAUCCGAUUCUGUAGCUGCAAUAUGGUCCAGUAUGUUCACCAGCUGGAUCAUAACUUCACCAGCUGUUUAUUAGUCUGUAGUGUUUACUCAGAGCUUUGUCUGCUGAAAACAACUAGCUUCUAUGUCAAAUAAAUGAUGCUGAGGAGUGGUGAAACUGAACUGAAACUGCAAAUUUAAGCAUCAUAAGUGUAACAAUUAGUGUAAAGACACUAAAAUGCCCAUCUGUCACAUUACACACACUCAUUGUGUACAGGAAAACAUUAUAUAGUGCAGCUUUAACUUCCUAGUAGAUUUUUCUAGGUUUAACCUCAAAAUGCUUUCCAAGUUUUGCUUGUGUGUGUUUAAGAUUUUAUUAUGUAUGCUUUGCUUCAGCGGUGUCAACAUGAAAGUGUCAAUUCCAGCUUCAGGACCUGCUAGUGUCACUGUGUUGCCAAGACAGAAAGGUCAAGCAGUGGUGAACAGCAGCAAUAUGGAGUCUGGACCUUCUGGCUAUUACUACAAGGAUGAAUGGCAAACACUAAGUGGCGCCAAGGUUCAGCAGUUGAACACCCCCUCAGCCAUCACUCAGUGUCUGAAAGGCAAAGUGGUGCACCUGUAUGGAGACUCCACCAUCAGGCAGUGGUUUGAGUACUUCAAUGGAGCACUACCAGAUCUCAAGGAGUUUGACCUGCACAGCCAUAAACAAAAUGGACUUUUCAUGGCCAUGGACAUUCCAAACAACAUCCUGAUGACGUUUCGCUGCCAUGGUCCUCCUUUCCGUUGUCACCCUGUCCCAAUCAGUGAGUUGCGUUACAUUGCCAAUGAACUAGACAAUGUAAUCGGAGGCACCAACACUGUCGUGAUCUUUGGCAUCUGGGCGCACUUUGGCAGUUACCCAAUGGAGGUCUACAUCCGGCGGUUGCAGAGCAUCCGCAGGGCGGUGAUACGCCUGCUGAACAGAUCUCCAGGUACAGUGGUCAUCAUCCGGACAGCAAACCCCAAAGCUUUGCCAUCUAGAGUGAGUCUGGUCAACAGUGACUGGUACUCACUGCAGAAUGACAAAGUACUCAGGGCCAUAUUUAAAGGAUUGAAUGUUCAUCUGGUGGAUGCCUGGGAGAUGGUCCUGGCCCACCACUUACCUCACAACCUCCACCCACAACCUCCCAUUAUUAAGAAUAUGAUCAAUGUUCUCUUGUCCUACAUUUGCCCUAUAAAGAGUGGCUAGAUGUUGUCUUCAGCAAUCCAUGCACAGAAAAGACUAACUACAAUUAGUUAUUUUUAAUACACCAGGUUGGAUAAAAAAGAUAGCGUAACACAUACAUCCUCAUGUUUGGGAUUCCUGGAGAUGCUGGAACUCUGUAGCAAGUGCAGAGACAGAUAAUAAUGCCAUGAAGUUUCAUACAUGAUCCCAGUCUAUGAAACAGACUCACAGUCACUCAUCUGGGAGCUAACUUCCACCUCUAAGAAACUUGACUGGUCUUGCUUCAAGAUGUUGUAGUUUGCCACAGUAAUUAAUUUUGUGACAAUCGGCGUACGUUUGUCUGUGAAUCUGUCUGUCUGCGUGCAACAUUACUCAAAAACAGACAAACUGAUUUGGAUGAAAUUUUCAGGGAAGGUCAGAAAUGAUACUAGGACCACCUCAUUAGAUUUUUGCAGUGAUGCAGCUUAUAGUCUGGAUCCAUGGAUUUGUUAAGGAUUUUCCAUUGCGAGAUAUAGCAGCUGGCACAGCGUCACCGUAACCAUGACAACAAGUGAACGCUGUGUCAGUUACCUGCAUCAAUUCAUGCAAAUCUGUACAUAAUGUAUGCAUGCACAACACAUGCCUGUGCUCAUGCAAGUUUUUUUUUUUUUUUUUUCAAUUUAGUUGGUUAGUUUGUGGAUUGAUCUAUAUUAAAUGGCUAGAUUCUGUAUUGCCAUAAAAUCUGAAUCCACAAAUUGAGGAAUGAACAGUCUUGGUGGAAUACUGCGCUUUCUUGAGUGCUUUUCUUGUUUUUUUCAAAGUGCUAUUAGUGUUGUGAUUUCUGGAGGCAUUUUAUGGUACAAAUAUAGUUUUACCUCCAGGGGAGAUUCAGUUUCUGGUUUUCAUCUUGUCUAUUUGGGAUUUACUGCUCUAGGCCUUACUCAGACAGCAUGUUUGAUCAUGGUUACAUUUUAUAUUGUGUACUAUAGUAUAAGUGCAUUAUUUAAAUAUAGCAAAAAAUAAAUGAUUGAAAAAGAGUUGGUGAAGAGAGCAAAUUAAAAAAAUAAAGUAAGACAUAGUUGAAAUGACUGGGGAUAUAAAUACAACAUUAAUUUAAAAGAAGCAGUUAGGUGUUGAAAAGCAGGUCGAGUAACUCAGCAGUUUCUCUCACCUCUCCUGAGUUUGACAACAUUUUUUAGCUCGAUGUUUUUAUUUUCUGACCCUGCAACUUUAAUGCUAUGGUUGAUUCUCACAGCUCUCAUAGUCUCUCUUUAGGUGUUUUCAGACACAUCUAUGAAAUCACCCCUCUUUACCUCACUGUCUCAAUUAAGAAAGUUUAAUAAAGCUGUAGAACAAUUGAAGGUUAACAAAUAAUAAAGCUGAGCUAUGCAUAUGUAACCAAGCUGAGCUGCACUUCACCGUAGCUGACUGGUUAAAGCAGCAUCUUGAUUCUGUCUUGUGUGAAAAGCGAAAGACGGAAGGCUUGUUUAUAAUUUUACGCUACUAUUUAUUACUACCUCAACAGUAACAGAAUAAAUACUGACCAGUCACACAACACAUCAACCAGGGCAAGUAUUUCAUGAACUGGCAGCAUUUCAACACUGCCAGCAGCAUUUACCUACUAUCUAAGAGAGGGCGCCCUUGAGCCAACAAAUCUUCACAGAUAGAUGAACAUUAAAAAUCAUAACAAGAAAAGCACUCAGAGAGCGCAGUACUCUGCCAAGGAUGCUAAUUCCCCCAUAUAGCAUUGUCAGAAAUGCAGCAUUUGUUUCUUUGUUAUUAAUGAUCAGAAACCACAGCAACAUAGAUUGUGGCCAUUUAAUACAGAUGUACCCACAACCAAAAUGACCUUGCACUGAGCACAGGUGUGUAUUGUGCAUGUAUACGUUAUGUAAAGAUACCAAAUCGUGACCUCAAUAUGUAGCGGGUGGCAGGAAUUGAUGGGACUCAGAAACACUCCCACAGUUUAAUCAAUUGUUCCUUGGAGUAUUUGACUGUUGCAUGCACCAAGCUCACUGGGUGGCUGGCUGUAUGUGCCCUUUGCUUGACCAAAGACUAUGAAUAGAAGAUGGAUGUCACCUCCAGGUCUAAAAAAGUGAAGUUGAGGUGUCUUAAACCUGUAUUCUUUCGAAUCUCUAGUAGGGGACGACUUUUCUGGUUGCAAAAAGAAGUGCAAGUGUACAGAAUUCUACGAGCAACUGACAGUGCUUAAGUUCUCAGUAUGGAUUUUCCUAAUGUGUUUAUCAUCUAAAUCACUCUCGGUUAAAGUCUCCCCCAAAAGAACGUGAUGUUCAUUUUGUAAAUUAUGGUCCCAUUUAGAGCAAAAUAUACAGAAAAGCAGAAUAUAUUUCAGCGCGGGGCCACAUUGUGAUUGAUAUGUCUCUACCGUAUGGGCUUUGGAGUGUCCUCAAGUUUUCAGUCAAAUCUGCCCUUCCCUUGUUUUAUCUGGCUUCAGAAGAUCAAGAUGGCGACAGUCAAAGUUCAGACUUUAAAGCAAAAGUUCACAAACCAGUAGGUGACUAUGUCCUUCUUCUCGUACUGUCCAUGUGCUUGACAUAGUGAGUAACUGCGAUGGCACAGCACAGGCUGUUAAAUUCUGUCUUAAUUAACAGCGGUGCAGCUGUUGGUUCUGCCAAAAUCACCAUGUAUUUAUGAGAUUAAAUUUUCCCUGAAAUAGGACCACAAAAGUCUGCAUCAGUAUGCAGGUAAUUGAUGCAAUGCUUGAAGUCAAUCAUUUGUGUUUAUUUGCACCAUGUCCUAUUAUUUACAGGACAUUAUGGAGGAAAAACAACAGUUACGUUGAUAUAUUUACUGUAAUUGUAAAUCAUGUGUAAAGCAUCAAAAUUCAUACUGUAAAUGAUGAUGAAGAAAAUAGCACACCUUUUAGAGAUACCUUCUAGUGCCACGUGUCACUCCUUCAUUCCAUUUCCCACAGUUAUUCACAAUUCUUUGAUAUUUUAUUAUUUGUUACUGUCUUUCAGACCCCCUCUUACCUUUUGUUGUCACACCUUUGCUAUUUUUAUCUGUCUGCCAGAUCUCUUUAUUCAAUUAUCUAUUGUACUUCUGUUGUAUUACUCUGUCACUGACUAACAACCAUACACAAAUGAACCACUAUCCACCUUUGUCUUACAUACGGCCCCCUCCCUAUCCUCUGACCCAUUCUCUGACCAUCCCUAUAAAAUGUAGACUCUGCAAAUGUUCUGGGUCGACUUCACAGACCUUCACAGACUCAUGCUCUGUGUUGGUGAACCCUCCGUAUGCUGAAUACCAAUAAACACCCCACAGCAAACUUCGAAGGACUAAGAGGGAAAUUUGUUCAACAAUGAGCAUCGCAAUCUACUUUGAUAUCCUAAACCAAGGCACAGCUGUACAGCUGUCUAGUACAUGCAGUAGGUAUAAUAAAAAGCCUUUCUUUUUGUGUUUUUGGAAGAAAACCUUGUCAAAUGUUGUAGAUUUACAAGUGCAUAAGACAUUCUAAAAGGAAAGGCUGACUGGUUGUUUUAAAUGACAUAAUCACAAGAAUUUCACUUCAAGUACGCCAGUGGAGGCCUGAACACCGAAAAAUGUGUUGACCAGUGGCAUGGAAGUCCCUGUUUCAGUUGGCAGAGCCACACUUGCUGUACCACCAACCACCACCACCUUCUGAAGAGGAACAGUCACUUUCUGCAAUGUCACCAAAGAUGCAUGGGGAGCACCCAUCGUUGUCACGGUCAGUGGUGCUGAAGCCGUAGCCAUUCUUCAAUACCUUGAUAAACACCACGGAUGGCAUCACCUUUGGACAGAGGUGGAAACAAUUAAAGAAAGUUUUACAAUUCAGAGUUUUACUAUAAAACCAGAACAGCCAUUUACAGCUGCCAUGUGAAGCAUAAAUAAGAAAACUAUCAGUAUCUUCCUGCUCUACACUUGAGGUUGGAUUUCAAGCUGCUGGAUUGCUUUGCAGUGCAUAAAAGGAAGAGGGCGCUAUUGUUCUUGAGAAAAACACAGAUACAUCCAAGUCUGCACUGACCAACGUUGGUGGUUCUAACAUUACUGACAGAACAAAGAUCUUCCAGGAAAAUCAACAUUAUUACUGCGUUCUGAUAAAAGCAGCUAGACCUUUUUAAAAAAAAUAUGUUUCAAAAAAUAACAGCAAAUCUCCAUCAUAUCAAGACUUUAAGGUUGAUUUGAUAAUGAUAUUGUGAUGUUUCAAAUUUCUGCACUGAGCAGCUUUAAUUUACAUUUGUGGAAACAAUAAUAAGUAUUUAUUUUUUUAUUUUUUAUUUAUUUACUUCGAACAUGUAAUUUAAAAACAUUCAACGAAUGAUUCACAAAAGCAACUAAAGUAAUACAUCAUGCUUCCCAUAUAAGGAGAAUGAGAGGUAAACAAAACUUCAACAUGUUCGAAAGGGAGUGGGAAGAAGUUAAAACUUAUUUAAUCCCACCCCAAAAUUCAUUCACUUAUUCCAAUCAGUUCCAUGAAAAAUAUUCAAUGAAAAACAAAUUCACCACCAAUAAUUUCAAUUAGGCAAAAAGACAAUUAACUUCAACACUCUAAAUCAAUGAAUCACUUGCAAAUCUGGACUACGGUGCCCCCUAGUGGUCAUUAUGUUCAUCUUCACUAUACCUUCCAAAAUUUUUUUGUUUGUAUUUAUAUUUAAAUUGGUUGAUGUUUGAACGUUGUUUCAGUUCCAUCUCAAGUUUAUUCCACUGCCGUACCCCAUUUAUUAUAGGACUAAAACUUUUCAUUGUUAUUCUGUUUUGAUACCCUAAAAUUUAAUUCUUCUCGUAAUUUAUAACCACCAGCAUGUUCUUGAAAUUUACUCAAUUGGCAUGGUAACAAUUUUUUCCUUGCUCUGAAUAAAAAUUGUGCAGUUUGAAAUUCCACAAUGUCAUAAAAUUUCAUAACUUUGACUUUAAAAAUAAUAAUAAAUUUGUGUGUUCAAGAAAAUUAACCUUAUGUAUGACAGCUGUUUUUGGAAUAUGAAUAUUGGUUUUAAUGUGCACAUUAAAACCAAUAUUCAUACUCCAAAAACAGCUGUCUGAUUAAUACGAGGUUAAUUGUACUGCCCCAUACCAUAGUGUAUGCAUUUCAUAUGAGGUUUCCAAGUAAUUCUAUCAUCAAUAAUGACUCCAAGGAAUUUAAUUUCAUGAAAGCUCUCUAUAUCUACACCCACUAUCUGGACAGCUUCUUGAACAUUAGAUUUACCAUUACCAAAUAUUAUAAUUUUGCUUUUAUUUAGCCUUAAUGAUAGCUUAUUUUACUGGAACUACUUGUUGAUAUUUAUUAAUUCUGAAGUGACAGAUUGUAACAAAUGCUCUAAAUUGUCCCCUGAUGCAAAUAUAUUUGUAUCAUCUGCAAAUAAGAUAAAUCUGACUAUUUGAGAAGUUUCAAAAAUGUCAUUAAUAUAGAUAUUGAACAAUUUUGGGCCCAGCACAGAACCUUGAGGAAGACCACACACAAUGUCCAAACAUCUCAACUGAUAACUGCAUUCCAUAUUCACACACUGUUUCCUGUUUUUUAGAUAACUGUUCACCCACUGUAAUGCUACAACUCUAAUCCCCUGCCGUUCUAUUUAAUUAAUUAGUAUGUCAUGAUUUACAGUGUUGAAUGCUUCACUCAGGACAAUAAAUAAUCCUAUUGCAUGUUUCUUGUAAUCUAUUGCGUUAGUUAUUGUUAUGGUCUCUGCUCCAGCCCCUGUUCCUCUCCUUCAUUCUCCCCCCUGGUCUCUCCUUCUUCCUCCUGUUUACUCUGCAUCUGUCUGUGUUGACCUGUCUGUCCCUUUGGCUCCCUCUGUCUGUCUUCUCUCUCCCUCCUGUCUCUCUCGUCCCUGUCUCUGUCUCUCCCUGCUUCACCUGUCUACACUCAGCUGAUUACUGCAGGUGACUCUCAUUGCAGUAAUCAGCUCACCUGCCCACAACAUCACCUGUUCACUAUUUAAACUCUGCUCAUUCACUCGUUCCCUGUCGGACCAUAGAUUCUGUUGCCCUCCUGGAUUCUGUUUCUCCCCACCAAGCCUGCCACCUCCUGACUUUAUCAGCCCUAUGGACUCUGUAGUUCCCCCCCUGGAUUUCGCCCAGUUCUUGUUUUUGCUUCCUUUCAGCUUCAGUCAUAUUUGGACUCUGUUUUUCCUCAAGCCUGCCUCCCCAAUCUUGUGAGCACCCCUUCUGUUUAGUUUAGUUGGUUCUGUGUCAGUUUUGUAGGUUCCCCCUCCUUUGGUUUAUUGUGAAUUUUGUUGAUUUUUUUUUUUUUAAUUAUUUAUACCAUUAUAACUUUGUCAUGGCAUCAAAAGAUUUUAUUUUUUUGGCUUCUCUCUGCGUCUAGCCAUGGCUGUGCUGUUUCCACAGAGGUGUGGGACUUUAUACUACAGUGAACAAUGAGCAAGUCAGUAAAAAUGUGUCAAGAGGCCAGAAGCUCCUUGGAAUUCAGAAGGUUGAAGACAAAAGGUCUAAUAAUUAUCAUGUAACGUGUAUUUCAUGUAAAUAAAACACAUUGAA